CUCUCCCGUCCAGUCUGUGGCAGUCACGUAGCAACUGAGAAAAAAUGUUCGCAGUAGAAGAAGAAAAGCCGGAAGCGCUGCGGAUGUUUUGGAAAACAGUCAGCUCUGGGGUAGGGAAACUGAGCUGUGUAGGAAUGUGACGUUUGCUCACAUUUGACUUACUUUAUGUCCCUGAAACAACGAAAGCGACCUCUUCAGACAGUAAGGACGACAUGUAGCGUGAAAAUGCCUAAAAAGGCCAAAAAGAGAAAGCACAAGAAGUCGUCUUCGUCCUCAAGUGAAGAAGACGAGAGGAUAUCCAGAGGACAAUAUGCAAGCAACAGUUACAAAACCGCCAAGAGGAAAGAAGUUUUAAAGAGUCAGAAAAGCUGUAAAAAGGACAAGGAAAAAUCCGUUUCUUCUUCUGUUAAAGAUGACUCCCAAAGCACCCGGCAGAUCAAAAAACCUGUCUACAGACUGGCAAAAACACAAGCAACAGAGCAGAAACCCAUUAAUAAGGACAGACAAUAUGCAAAAUCCAAACCAGACUUUGUGCCAUUCCAUGGGGAUCAUUGCUCCAGUAAAGCAAAGAAUUAUGUUUCAGGGAAAGAUAAAACUGUCACUGGAAGCGACAUUGUGGAAAGAGGAUACUCAAAACUCAGUGCAGGUGCAGUCCCUCAGAGAACAGAAACGAAGUCUAAAGGUGGGUUCGAUGAAAAGUCUUCCCAGAGGAGCCAGUCCAAAUUAAACAAGCCUCGAGUGGGUCCCAGUUUAGUUUCUGCUGAAGUGAAAGAACCAAGGCAGGAUGUGCAGAAGAGGAACUGCAGAACUGAGGACCCACCGAGGACUGGAAAUCACAGCAGGUAUAUCAAGACCAGCAAACCUACCUCCUCCACCUCUGCUAUAGAGAUGUGUCAAAAGCAUGAAAAAAAGGAGUUAAAGCCCCAAAGAAGUUUCUAUAAAGAUGAUGCAAACACGUCUUCUGCCUCCAUCUUAAAGAAGUCUUCCACUUCGGCCAAACACAGUGCCUCGGAAAGCAGCUCAAAGAUACAAGUGGUUGAAGAGCUUCAUCUUGCCCGCUCUGAGAAGAGAUUGGAGGUGAAUGUCCUGAAGAGCUACGGGGAACUCACCGCUAUGGACAUAGAUUGUCCCGAAGAAGGACCUGCAGGCAAAAACUCGUCUCAGCAGGACCUAAUCCUUGUUCUCGACACAAACAUUCUCCUCAGUCACCUGGAUUAUGUGAAAAAGAUCCGCUGUCAUGGCCUCGGAGGCCUGGGCUUCCCCAUUAUCGUCAUCCCCUGGGUGGUGCUUCAGGAGAUGGACUCCCUAAAAAUGGGAAGAGGCCUGUCAGGCUCCGUGGCCCACCUUGCGACUCCAGCCAUCUCUUACAUUUACAAGUGUUUGAAGAGCCGGGAACCUCGGCUGUGGGGCCAAUCUAUGCAGCAGGCCGCAGAGAGCAGCAAUGGUCUGACUGCUGAGAAUAACGAUGACAGAGUGCUGCAGUGCUGCCUGCAGUACCAGAGGCUGUACCCAGAGUGUGCUCUCACCUUAUGCACCAAUGAUAAGAAUCUGUGCAGUAAAGCCCUCCUGAGUGGGGUGAAGGCACUCUGCAAGACUGACUUGGAGGCAGAGGUUGGGAGAUCCAGACAUGGCCUUCAGAUCACUGGAGGCAUUCAGGCUUCUGUGCCACCGAGCAAUAACCCUCAGGUCUUAUCACCAACGCUGAGCACGAGGUGCCCACCGGUUCAGCCACAUGGUCAAAAGAAGGCGGGCUUUUAUGUGGGAGUCCUACACAAAGAAAGCAAGCAGUUCAGUGAAGGAGACGAGGAGAGGACACUUAGGGACCUCAGCGGAUGCAUUUCUGCAUUAGAAGACUGUCUGAGGGAGGUGCUGUCUGAAGUUUUGCAAGUGGAGAUGAAGGCUGCUUAUGAUGACCUCUGGCUUGAGAUCGUUUAUUUAAAGCCACCGUGGACACUUCAGGAUGUCUUACAGUGUAUAAAAAAGCACUGGAUUGCUGUUUUUGGCCACCUCACCCAUCGGAGGAAGGAGCAAACUGUUUUAAAGCUCAUCAAAUUUUUCAACUCAGGUGAAACGGUGGAGCGCGAAGCCAUCUCAGAGGUCGUUCAAGAUGCCAAAGAGCUUGUGAACGCUUUUUCGAGAAGUUCAAAGCGCGUUCCACGAGCCGUCGCUGUACUGGACGACAUUUUGAACAAGCUACGACCUCAGCCAAAUCCUCCUACGGGGGGAGAAUCUCCCGCCUGCGACGUUGUCAUGAAUGACGAUGACGAUAACGGCGACUCUCACCAGGAAGUGUGGGCCGUCUUUGAGAGGAUCUGGUCUCACGUGUGUCAACUAAGCUUGGAGGUGUUCAAAGCUCUGGGCUUUGACCCUCACACCAGGCAGUGCCUUCAGCCAGAGGGAGCUGCUCCACCACCACAGGAUGCCUUGGCCUGCUUGCACAAACUGUCCUCCAUGGUCUCGCAGCUGCUCCAAGCUUUCAGCAGUGUCUUGUUAUCAGCUCCCGGCUUAGAAGAAGUCCAGACACUGCUCAGCAUCAUCAACUCCAACAAUAUAGUAACUGAGAAUUCCAGGUUAACCGCCAAAGGCCUGCUCGACUGUUUUUCACAGCCGGACUACAGGGAGAAGCUCAGGGUGGGAGGGACCAAGUUAAUGGAGCUUCAAGAGGCCUUGGAACACUGUGUUCAAGCUGCAGGUCAAUACACGACGUUCCCCACGUAGCACCGUCAGGAACGUUGCUCAUCAACCAAACUUGAACUCAAAGCUGUCGAGUUAAAGGCGCAUCUGCUCGUGCUGUGCCCGUUUCUGCCUUUGUUCUCCAUCCAUAAAGUUCAUGUUACAGAGAUAACGCAGUUUUCCGAAGGUUUAAUGCUGUAACAGCUGGUUUGUAUAAUUCAGCAAGUACAGAUUUCAUUAUUCUCUAAUAGCUUUGCACUUGUGUCCUGAAUGAGUUUGUGAGUUAAGGUGAAAUUUAGUUUAUAAAUAUUUAAAUCUAUUUUAAAAAAGCAUAUUAUUUUGUUUAGAGUGAUUAGUUAAAUGACAACAUUUUUACUUGAAAUAUUUUUUUAAUAAAAAUAAAAUAUGUACCAUUUGUUAUUUAAAGGCCUGCAUUUAUUUAGGUUUGUUUUUAAAUCAUUUCUGAUUACCUGACAGCUUCUUACAGAGCUUAAUCUGUUGACGUUAUUUAACUCACAUCGAUGUCGCUCUCUGUUUUCACCACGAGGCUCAGGUUACAUCCAUAAAACACUAUUUUUCUUAUGAAUGCUGAGAUUGUUCAGUUCAUUUUUUAAGAGCCCAUUUUGACAUCUAAACUUAUUGUUGGCUAAAUUGUCAAGUAAAGAACUUUUUUUUUUUUUACUGUUGCUUGGUUUUGAAUCACUAGAGACGCGUCACGUUUUCUUUAACGAGGUAGCGUUCGCAUGUGCAGAGUGCUGCUGUGAUCGUCAGCCCGAGUGUGGUCAUGCGUGUGUGUGAAGGGUGACUAAGGGGAUUAUAUGCCUGUGAUGCCAGCAGACAGGCUUAGAAUACACCUGCUGGUAGUGUGACACAGGCAGAGGCUGAAGCAUCAGACACCAUGCAGGGAGAGGUGGAAGAUGGUGAAAGGACAGGUAAUGAGGACCCCAACUUCCUGUCUCAGCUUAGUCAUUUAGAAAAAUGUACAGAGCCUUUUUUUUUUUUAAGUGUUCUUUAAUAUACAUUUAAACUUGUAGCUGUCGAGGGACCUCGCUGUGACGUUGUAAUUAGAAAAUGACUGGAAGAAAAACUAUCAAAGUUAUAAUUGUAAAUGAUCAGGUAAGAGUUUAAAAUGCUUCAACACAUGUCGAUGCUCUCAGCUCUUUAGUCAUGAUCCCACUUUACAAUGCAAGAGCAAAGUGUACAGCCACACAUACUUAUACUAGCCCAUUUACCCCACCAUACAGGUUACCAGUGACCAAGUUGUGAAUUGAGUGCAGGGCAGGGAUUAAACCAGCUCCAGCAGGCAGGCAGUGAUACGAGGUCAGGCAGUCCUCUUUCAACACUUCCACUAUCCAGAAUGACUGUCGUCAUCCCUUCCUGCUGAUGUCUGUUAGCCAGCUUAGCAUAAUCUCCACUAAAAGACACUUGGGAGGGGAAAAAAAACUGGCUUAGUGUGGUAGUCACUGUGGAAAAUGGUGGCAGUGAAAGCUUAGCAGUGAACAGGACACAGCAAUUACUCAGGAGCAGAACUAGAGGAAGAUGAGGUGGCAGCAAAAGUUAGGGUCACCUGCUGAGUCA